AUGACUUCCACAUUCGAUUUGCAAUCUUUCAUUCAGACAGUAGUUUACGAGGAAUCGCAUCUAGAAGAGAUCCGGAAUGAACCCCACGAACAAACAACCCCCUACGAUUUUGUCGAUCCUGACCUUGAUCUCUUAGAUCAUGUACCUUCUCCACCGGGAAGAAGUCAGAGAGAAAGGGUUUCUAAACGCCAACUAGCCUUUAUAAGUCCAAGACUAGGCGUGUUGAACAACAUACCGUUUGUGAUUCCAUUUGAACAACGGGUGACGAUCUUUCGUACUUUUGUUCAAUCUGAUCGACACCGAUUAGGACUCGACCUACAUCCAUUUGGGAAACCUAAGCACAGAGCAGUAAUCAGAAGAGAUCGAAUCUCAGAGGAUGGGUUCUUGCAUCUCAACGCAUUAGGACCAAGAUUGAAGGAUCCGAUUGAAAUCAAAUUCAUCGAUCAGUAUGGUCUUGAAGAAGCUGGGAUUGACGGAGGUGGUGUAUUUAAAGAAUUCUUAACAAGCCUUACUAAAGAUAUCUUUGAUACAAAUAAAGGUCUUUGGCUUGUGAAUCAAAAUCAAGAGCUUUAUCCUAAUCCACAUACCUUUAGUCAAGAAGCUCUUAGUUUGGAAUGGUAUGGGUUUUUAGGUCGGGUUUUGGGAAAGGCUUUGUAUGAGGGAAUUCUCAUCGACGUGGAAUUUGCGGAUUUCUUUUUGAACAAAUGGUUGGGUAAACAGUCUUAUCUAGACGAUCUCGCGUCCCUCGACCCGGAAUUGUAUCAAGGUUUACUGUUUCUGAAGAACUACAAAGGAGAUGUUGAAGCCGAUCUAUCACUGAACUUUACCAUUACAUCAAAUGAAUUCGAUCAAUCUACAACUAUCGAAUUGAUCCCUAAUGGAUCCAAAAUAUCAGUCACAGCUCGAAACCGAAUCAAUUACAUUUACUUAAUUUCAAAUUAUAAACUGAACAUUCAAUUCGAAGCUCAGUGUGCUGCAUUUUUUAGAGGAUUGAAUGAUAUUGUUGAAUUGAAAUGGUUGAGGAUGUUUAAUCAGGUGGAAAUCAAGGCAUUGAUUGGAGGUUUGGAUGGUCAAGAUCUUGAUUUCGGUGACCUUGAAAGGUGUACAGUUUAUGGAGGUUGGAAUGAAUCACAUGAGACUAUCAGAAUUUUUUGGCGCGUCGUCAAACGAUUUGAUAAUGCAACAAAACGAAAACUAUUGAAGUUUGUUACAUCUUGUUCAAGGCCACCUUUACUUGGGUUUAAAGAAUUAAGACCAGCUUUUGCGAUUAGAUCAUCUGGUGUUGAUGAAAGUAGAUUACCUUCUGCUUCAACAUGUGUAAAUUUAUUGAAAUUACCAGAGUAUAAGAGUGAAACUCAAUUAGAAGAAAAGUUGGUAUAUGCUAUCAAUUCAGGUGCUGGAUUUGAUUUAUCAUGA